AUGUCCUGCUCCAGCGAGUCCUGCGGCGUGAGCUGCCCCCAGCCCAUUGCCGAGAGCGCCAACGAGCCGUGUGUGCAGCAGUGCCCCGACUCCAGAGCCCUGAUCCUGCCCCCACCAGUGGUGGUGACCAUCCCGGGCCCCGUGCUCAGCACCUUCCCUCAGGAGAGCAUUCAGGCCGUGGUGGGCUCCUCCGGAGCACCGGCCUUUGGUGGCUCCCUGGGGCUGGGCGGCCUCUACGGUGCCGGUGCCACCCAGGCCUCGGGGGGCCUCUGCACCUUUGGCAGAGCCUAUGCUGCUCCCACCUGCAGCCCUUGCGCCCUGCCCCGCUACAGCAAGAAGCUCUGGAAUACCUGCGGAUCCUGCUAG